AUGCCAUUCCGUUUUUAUGGAGAAAAAAUUGAAUAUGGAACUGACUUUCAGACUCCACCCUCGUUGGCGUUAACAGAUGAUGACUUCGAGAAUAUACCUGAUAUUAUUGAGUCAGGAAAAUCGUUGGUACCAUCGCUGGGGCAUUGUCUGAGUGUCACUAGAUCUUCAACAAAUCUGUGGAGAGCUUCGACUGAAAUUGAACUACGUUGUCCUCCAGUUACAUAUCAAUUUGGUGGAGAAACAAAAGAAGAUCCUACUGUUGGUUCCCGUAAAGAUAAGCUACAAAAAAGACACAGUCUAUUUGGUACUUUGCCACCAUUGCCUUCGAUAUUAACUCGAACAGGAAGUCAAAGAGUAUCCUCAGAAACAAAAAGUUUUAGGGUUAGUAUUGCAGACUUUGCCAAGAAAUCACAAGCCAGUAUAAGGGACAAAACUGCUAAAAGAAUUCCUUCUUUGAGUGGUCAAAAAUCCAUAUCGCUGUAUUUUCCUCGUGAAAGUUCCUCAAAGAGCACGUUAAAAUUUGCAGACGUGCAUACUCAGACUCUUCCAUCAAGUGCGUUAUCCACACCUAUAGAGUUACCAGAACCAAUUGCACUACCUAUACUAAACUAUAAUUUGCAUGGAGGUUUCAAGAGUCCUUCACCAUCCAGAAAGCUGUUCAGCAAGACAUCUGGAUAUAUGCAUUGGAACCAUGCCAUUACCCAAGAAUUCAAUGGAUAUUCAUUACCACCGCUUACUCCAGAAGCUGAUGGUGAUAAUUUUACUUUCGAGAAUCCAAUCUAUGCGAACGAUAACAUAUACAAGGGGCCAUCCCUCACAUCUUCCAUACAUUCCGAAGAAUCAUAUCUAAAACCGUUAUCUCUUGAGCCAGCUCAGCAUGCAAAAGCCUUUUAUAAAAACCCAUCGCCAAAUAUAAGUGAAACCUCAUUUGAGCAAAUAUUAAAGAGAUAUUUCCCAAAAUCAACAGAUUCCAGUUAA